AUGUCGAGGUCUGUUCCUUUCUACCACUAUACCAACGGUCCCGGCUUAGAGGGCAUCUUGAAGGAAGGACGCCUCGGGGUGUCCGACCCCAAAAAGGGGGAUGCCGUGGAGGGGAGGGGCACCUAUGGUACCAAUCUGGUACCAUCCACCCGGCCUAAAGCCAUCGCCGAGAACAACUGGGAUAGUGGAUGGAAAGCCGCCAUGGAGCACGGGAAGAUGGAUCACUACAUCCGCUGCGAUAUUCCCAAGGAGGAGCUGAAGGUCUGUCCGGGCCAUGGCCAGCGCAAGGACGGUCAGAUCUUUGUCCAUCCCGAGGGCAUCGACCUACGCAAGUAUCCCACGAAGUACGGUCGGGUGGGGCAGGACACAGUGCCCCAGGCCAAGCGGUAUGAUCCGGAGUCCAUCCGCAAGGCCAUUUAUCCGGACCGCCGUGGGCCAUCACCUCCGCCUCCUCCACCCCCUCCCCGUCCCGCGCUCCCCCCCUCCCCGGCAAGAGCAGUCUCGCAGUCUGCAGGAAUCGCGCAACAGGCUCCGACUGUCCUGCACUCCUCACAGAGCACGAGGAAAGCCAUCUCGGCUGCGUUUGGGCACGAUCUGGGAGAAGCCACAGCCUGGAACUCUGGGCCGCAGCUGCAGAGCAGCGGCCACAACUCGCGAGGGAAUUAUUACGAAUCCUAUGAUGAUGGCUCCUACCGCUAUGAGAACCGAGAUGGCUCAACAUACCAGCGUGAUGCAGAUGGCCACACAACCUACACAACCCCGGGUGGCUGGGUCGUCGAGUCUGAAGGCAGCGAUGUUGGGGACGAAGUGGCGGGUUUCGCGGUGCCGGUCGAAGACAGCGACGAUGGGGAGUGUGCAGUGGCAGGUUUUGCGGUAGAGGUCGGAGACAGCCACAGCGACGGUGGAUGCGGCUACGGCGGUGGUAGUGACUACGGGAACGACUACGGCGACGACUAUGGCGGCGGCAGCGAUUACGGCGACGACUACGACGACUACGACGACGAUUACUAG